AACAAAAGCAGCCAGAAAGCUGCUCUCCUCCGCUCCAAACCCUCCAUCCCUCCUUCCAUCCCUCCAUCUCCGUCCCUUCGCCUCGCUUUUCUCCGGUCGGUCGGAGCUUCCAGCGCCGUAGAUAGAGGCUCUGCAGUCACGUGGGUCGGAGGAGAGAGAAGAGAGAGAGAGAGAGGGAGGAAGAGGGAGAGCGUCCCUCCUCCUCCUCCUCCUCCUCCUCCUCCGCAGUUUGCGCUGUGUUAUGUCUCAGACUCGGAGCUGGAGAGUCAGAGCUGCUCGUCCGGCGGAUCUCAACCUCUGAAACAAACCCCCGGUGUCUCCUCUCAUCCUUCCCCGCUCCCCCGCUCACUCCGCCGGCUUUGGGUUUCUCUCGUCCCCCUUCCUCCUCCUCCUCCUCCUCACCCCGCUGGAUCUUUUCUACCUUUUCUUCUUCUUCUUCUUCUUCUUCUUUCUCCAACAGUUUUGGGAUUUAUUCUUCUUCUGAUUAUUUAUUUCUACUCCGGGCUGCUGGUUUCUCUCCACGCCGCUGCUGGAUGUGGAUUAGUCUCAUCACUGGAGGAACAGAAACACCCUGACGGAGGGAGAAUAAAGCCCCAGCAGCGCGGUGGAUCCGUGGAUGCGCCUUUUGGGCUCGAACCGGAGAUGGAAUCGCUGAUUUUGUUGUUUCAUUCCCUGUGGAUAUUGCAAUGCAACACAGUGAGCGGCGACUCCAUCAUCCACAUCGGUGCGAUAUUCGAGGAGAACGCCGUGCGGGACGACGAGGUUUUCCAGCUCGCCGUGUCGGACCUCAGUCUGAGCGACGACAUCCUGCAGAGCGAGAAGAUCACGCACUCCAUUAAACUCAUCGAGCCCAACAACCCGUUCCAGGCGGUGCAGGAAGCCUGUGAGCUGAUGAACCAGGGCAUCCUGGCGUUGGUCACCUCCACCGGCUGCGCCUCGGCCAGCGCCCUGCAGUCUCUGACGGACGCCAUGCACAUCCCUCACCUGUACAUCCAGAGGAACAGCGAGGGGUCGCCCCGGACCGCCUGCCGCUUCAACCCCAGCCCUGGAGGACAGCGCUACACGCUGGCCGCCCGGCCGCCCGUCCGCCUCAACGACGUGAUGCUGACGCUGGUGGACGAGCUCCGGUGGCAGAAGUUCAUCGUGUUCUACGACAUCGAAUACGAUAUCCGGGGGCUGCAGGGCUUCCUGGACCAGACGUCCCGGCAGGGCGUGGACGUGGCUCUGCAGAGGGUGGACAGGAACAUCAGUAAGGUCUUCACCAACCUGUUCACCACCAUGAGGAGAGAGCUCAACCGCUACCGGGACACGUUGAGACGAGCCAUCCUGCUGCUGAGUCCUCAUGGAGCCCACACCUUCAUCCAGCAGGCAGUCGAGACGAAUCUGGCCUCCAAAGACAGUCACUGGGUGUUCGUCAACGAGGAGAUCAGCGACGCAGAGAUCCUGGAGCUUACCCACAGUGCACUGGGGCGCAUGACGGUGAUCCGGCAGAUCUUCCCGCUGUGGAAGGACAGCAGCACCCGAUGCAUGAGGCAGAACCACCGGAUCUCCUCGCUGCUGUGCGACCCGCAGGAAGGAUACCUGCAGAACCUGGAGGUGUCCAACCUCUACCUGUAUGACAGCGUGCUGAUGCUGGCCAACGCCUUCUACAGGAAGCUGGAGGACAGGAAGUGGCACAGCAUGGCCAGUCUCAACUGCAUCAGGAAGUCCACCAAGCCCUGGAACGGAGGCUGGUCCAUGCUGGAGACCAUCCAGAAGGGAAACAUCACGGGUCUGACGGGUACGAUGGACUUUAAAGACAGCGGCUCAAACUCUCACGUCCAGUUCGAGAUCCUCGGAUCCAGUUUCAGCGAGACCUUCGGCAAAGACAUAAAAAGGCUGGCGACCUGGGACUCGGUUCACGGCCUCAACGGAAGUCUGAAGGAGAGUCGGAUAGAAAACGGGAUGCAGGGAGUCACCGUCAAAGUGGUCACCUUACUGGAGGAUCCUUUCGUCAUGGUGGCGGAGAACAUCCUCGGGCAGCCCAAGAGGUACAAAGGCUUCUCCAUCGACGUGCUGGACGCCCUCGCCAAGAUCCUGGGCUUCAAGUACGAGAUCUACCAGGUCGCAGACAGUAAAUAUGGAUCACAGCUUCCCAACGGAUCGUGGAACGGGAUGAUCGGGGAUCUCAUCAAUAAGCGAGCUGACCUGGCGGUGUCGGCCAUCACCAUCACACCUGAGCGUGAGAACGUGGUGGACUUCAGCAAGCGUUACCUGGACUACAGCGUGGGCAUCCUGCUGAGGAAGCCCGAGGAGAAGAUCAACAUCUUCUCGCUGUUCGCUCCCUUCGACCUGGCCGUCUGGGCCUGCAUCGCCGCCGCCAUCCCGGUGGUCGGCGUCCUCAUCUUCCUGCUCAACCGGCUGCAGGCGCUGCGCUCGUCCUCCCAGAAUGCACCGGGGCAGCCGUCCAACGGCGUCGGAUCGGGAAGUCUGCACAGCGCCAUCUGGAUCGUCUAUGGAGCGUUUGUCCAGCAAGGAGGCGACGGCGUGGUCGGCUCGGUGGCUCUGAGGAUCGUCAUGGGCAGCUGGUGGCUCUUCACGCUCAUCGUGUGCUCGUCGUACACGGCCAACCUGGCGGCGUAUCUGACCGUGUCACGCAUGGACCACGCCAUACGGUCUUUCCAGGACUUGGCUCGGCAGAUCGACGUGGACUACGGCACCGUGAGGGACUCUGCCGUCUACGACUACUUCAGGAACAAAGGAACCAACCCUCUGGAGCAGGACAGCACCUACGCCGAGUUAUGGAGGACCAUCAGCAAGAACAACGGCAUGGACUACUCAGUGUCCAGUCCGUCUGAAGGGAUACGAAAGGCCAAGAAGAGUCCGUUCGCCUUCCUGUGGGACAUGGCGGUUCUGGAAUACGCCGCUCUGACGGACGACGACUGCACCAUCACCGUGUCAGGAAACAGCAUGAGCAGCAAAGGAUACGGCAUCGCCAUGCAGCACGGCAGCCCCUACAGAGACCUGUUCUCCCAGAAGAUCCUGGAGCUGCAGGAGAAGGGCGACCUGGACAUCAUGAAGCAGAAGUGGUGGCCUCGGACCGGCCGCUGCGACCUGAGCAGCCACGCCAGCGCUCACCCCGACGGACGCUCGCUCAAGCUGCACAGCUUCGCCGGCAUCUUCUGCAUCCUGGCCGCCGGCCUGCUGCUGGCCUGCCUGGUGGCCGGCCUGGAGGCCUGGUGGAACGGCAACCGCUGCCGCCAGGAGCAGCCCAAAGAGGACAAGGAGGUGAACCUGGAACAGGUGCAUCGUCGUAUGAACAGUCUUUUGGACGAGGACUUGGCCCACAAGCAGAUCCCCGGCCCCUCUAUCGAGAUCUCUGCGCUGGACAUCGGCAGCAUGCAGCCCAGCCAGGCUCUGGUUCCGGGGUCGGAGUCCAUCCGGGACUACCCGCCCUCGGGCCUCGCUGUGACCACCUUCCUCCCCGGGGAGGGGGUGCCGCCUCCGCCUCUUCCCCACCCUCACCAUGGGGGGACCCUAGGCAGGACGCUACCCCCGUCCCAGGGCCCUGGCAGCACCACAUUGCCCCCGCACCACCCGCUCAGCAGCACCAGCCUCAGCGGCACCAUGCAGUGCAAACACAGGGCUCCCAACGGGGGGCUCUUCCGGCAGAGCCCUGGCAAGACGCCCAUGCCAAUGUCCUACCAGGCAGUCUCCGCAGGACCCAUACCCGAAGCCAUUGAGGCCACCCACAGUACAUCCAUAUAGAGGUCCGGGUUCGGAUGUGACGAGAUGUAGAGGAAAAUUAUUGUAGGAGGAAAAAAACAAAUGUACAAAGUAAAAAAGAUUUUGUAUCUCACUAUCUGUUCAGAAAGUUACAAAAAACUAAACACACAAAAACACAAAAACAAAAAAGCAGGUGGGGUGUUGGGUGGGGCGUUGGGCGGGUGUAAUUUUUCUCUUGUACAUACGUGUAAAUACCAAGAGAACGAAGUGAGGUCAAAGUGUAUUUUGAAUAUUCUCAAUUUUUGAAGUUGAGUUAUAAAAACACAAAACGAGAUAAAAAAAUAUAUAUAUACAUCGAUGAAAAGUUAUGACUGUUUGAAUGGCUUUGUAAAUUUUGUUCAAUUAAAAACAAUGACGCGAAAUUCAUUGUGAUUGUUUUCUAAGUGCCGAAAUUAAACGAUGUCUCUCCACAACUCAUCGAUGUAAACCCAUGAUGCACCGCUGUAGGGACAUUCUAGUGUUGGACACCUACUGUUAUGCACCUCUGUACCAACCCUAUAUACCGUAUAUCUCCAGCAUCGGACGAGAAUAAUCACAACUCCUUGGUUUUGUUUUUUUUCCAUUUGUAUUAAAUAUAUAAUAUACAUUGUUUUUUCCAAGCAAAAGUCUACAUUCAUUUUCUUACGUUGACUGUAAAUUGUGUUCAUUCGACACUUUGAUGGAGGGAAGAGUGGAUUUUUAUCAGGUUCAUAUUUUACACACAGCUGAGUGGUUUGUUUUUAUAGUCCCUUUUUAUUUGGCGGCAGUACUGUCCAGGUGAGGAGGGCUUGGAUUUUAAAGCGUGGAAACAGGAGAGGAUUGAAGGCUGCGUCCACACCUACUCUGAUGGGUUUUACUGGGUCAGAAAUGUUGAAUUUGAUGCCCUUUUUGGGCUUUAAAUGUUGGGUUCCAAUCACAGAAGACUGGCCUCUUUGUAGAGAACGAAAUCUCAGGUGUUGUUAAACCAAACACAACUGUGUAGAACAAGAAUCUUCUUUAAUCGAAGCAUUUGUAGCCAUUGAAGAAUUGCCCCAGAUCUCUAAUACUUCUCGUUUUGUCCUGAGAUAAAACAAAGAGCAUUUUCCACUUACAGAUGACUAAAUGUUCACAUCUUUCUUACAGAUAUUUGCAGUCACAGCCGUAGUUCCAGGGUUUAGCUGCGAUCUCAAGAUACCCUGCUACCAACCACAAAUAAACGCCUCCAAAACGCCAAACACCUUCAGUGAUAUUUAGCGAUAUUUCAUUAAUUUAACCGAUAGAAAAUAUAUUAACCAAUGAGGCAGAAAAAGAAGAAGGUCGUGCAUGUCAGAAAACGGAUUCUAGACUAGCUGGUUGUCAGAGUCUUAUACAGCAGGUCCUCGGUUUACGACGUCCUCGACCUACGGCAUUUUGUGGUUACAUCGCCAUCUCCCAUAAAUUUGUUGUUCCAUCAUUCCAAUGUACAACAAAUUUCCUGUGAGAAGUAGUUGGUGGGUGAAGUUAUUCUCUUUUAAGAAAAAUGAUGGCAAAAAUGACUACUAGACAAGCGAACCAGGUCAGUUUACACCAAGAAAACGUCACACAGCAGAAAAAAAGACUUGAUUUUGUCGUUUAUAAGGACUUUAAACUGCAGGUGCUGUCGUGUGAUAUCAGACACAACAGGAAGUUAAGAUGUGACUAGAACUUCAGAAGGUGUCUGAAAAUUGACCUAAAACACCAUCUGUGUAUGAAAAAAAGACCAAAAUACAAUAAAAACCUUGACGAUCAUCCAUAGUAAUGUGUCUUAAGACCCCGUAUAUACUGAGGAGUGUUGGGAUGUGAGACUAAACCUCUAGAAACAGUAUUUAUAGACAGACCCAGAACAAGUUCUCACAAUGUCGCUGCAACAUUCACUUAUUUCCAUUGAUUUCCAACCACUGAUUUGUUUUGGAUGCCACAUUGGAUUGUGCUAUGUUCUUUCUUUCUUUCAUUUGUGUUAUUUUUUGGAAACUUUUUGCCCUUCAUUAUGACUCCCAACCAUAAGUCAGACUCUUCUGGGUGUUUCUAUGCCCUUGAUAAUGACUUUACCACCACACUGUUAGCGUGACUAACAUAGGUACUUAUGUACAUAUGUGAGUUCCAACUCACAAUGAAAAUUCGCCUUGUGUCACGCCAUAUGAACAGAAUUCCAACACAAGUCGAGACCCCCUGUAUUGUUUUUUGUUUUAGCAACCAGAGGAGAUAUCACUUACAAAUCUUCAUGUCAACUUAAACUGCACUCUGAAACUAAAGUGGGGGAAAAAAACUGUGAAAAUGUUGUCGCAACUGGUGCCUGAAAAAGAAUUCUAACUGUAAAACUAGCAAAAAUAACUACAGUCUACACAGUAAUGGCGUUUUUAAAAUUAUUUACCAUUUCUUACUCUUCAAUAUACAGAAUUUUCCCUUCAAUGACUGCAAAUAUCUUUAAAAUAAUGAUGUUUUUUAGUCUAAUUUAAUGAGUUUUGAUGCAACCUUUGUUUUUACAGUUUUGGCUCUUGUUUUUUGUACAACUUUUUCCUGUUAUUUUAAUUGGUAUGUGUAAUUUAACAAAACAGGAGAAGUCUGUGAAAUAACAGCUGGCAAUCUAUAUAUAUUUUUCUUUCUGAUAAUGCUAAAUUUCCAUUCCUAGAAAUCAGUCAUUUACUAAAACAUAUGAAAAAUAUCCAAACUGACUGUGUUUUACAGUGUACCUCAUUAGGUAAAUAGAAAAAACAGGUUCAGUCCAUUUGCUGAUUUUGACUUUCGAAGCUUCUGUUUCCAUCUGAAGGAGCUUUUAAAAACCCUGAAACAGCAGAAAAAGUGAACUUUUUGCUCGGCUGAACGUCGCUAACGGUUUGAAAAUCCAAUCAAAGUGGACGCGAUGUGGUUUAGUUUGAUUUAAAGCUACACAAACGCCCCCAACAGAGAACAUUUCUUUGUUAUUCUGCUGCACAGCAAAGUGAUUCCUGUGUUUUGGGGUCGUUCCGUGACCAAACCAUUAAUAAGAGGACCGCUGGAACGUCUAAUGAGGGAAUAAAGUGCAGGUUGAACAGCGGUUGGUGUGAACGCAGCCUCGGGACUCUCUGACCUUUUCGGUUUGUUAUAUUUAACCUGAAAGAAAAGAAGUCUUGUAGAAUCAGCUAUAUAGAUCUGUCUUUAAUUUUUUAUACUAGAGAAUUUAAUGUGAAACACUUGUAUACAGGUUUAUCUCCUGCAAAGCAGCGCAGUUCUUCUAAUCAGAGGGCGAGGCCUCAUGUUCCACCAGUCCAUCUAAUGAAUCUGCUACGACCUGCCGGAUGACGGACGCCGUCUUUAUCCAAAGUGCAAUCAGAGGCUCACGACGGCGGCCGUUAUUCUGCAGGAGUCGUACCUCAAACGCUAAGAAACAAGGAGUCUGAUGGGGUUUUUCUCUGUAGAUAAACUGCUUGGAGCCUUUAUGGGUUUACAACCAGAGACAGGAAACCACACACUCAACUCUGCAGUGUUCUGCCGACAUAAUUGUGAUUAAAGUGCAUUUAUGGUUCCGAUGAGCCUCAUUUUUGGUUUGGAAAUGAGCUGAUCGGCACACGGUGGAGCUUUCAGGACAAAAAUUUACAUCAGUGACUUGUCAGGACGAAGGGCUUAGUUCCCCAAAUGUACUUUGGAGACACCAAAGCCAACAACUUUAACCGUUUCUUUAAAACCACAAGCGAGAACGUCGACGUUUGAGAUCCAAACACUGCCGUUACCUUGUGAUUCUGUCACACAAACUCAAGGUUGAAACCAACAUUUUAGAUCCCAAAUGUGUCUGUUAGUAGCUCUAAAAGUCAGCUGAGUCAAUGGAAACACCGGACAUACCGAGGUCCUACAACAGUAAUAUGGAUAUUUUCUACAAGAACUUUGUUUUAGAAAAGAACUCUUAUCCACAUGACCGUUAUUAUGGAAAAAUAAUCACUAAAACGACUACAGACAAAUGAACCAGGCCAGUUUCCACCAAGACAACAUCACAUAGCAGAGAAAAAAGAAAACGUAUAGUAGAUCAGCUGGUUGUCGGAGUCUUAUACAGCACGUCUUUGGUUUACGAUGUCCUCCACCUAUGGAGCUUCAUGGUUCCAUCUCCCAUAAAUUUAUCAAGAAAGUCUUGCUCCAUCAUUCCGACGUACGGCAUUUGCGAUGUUAAAAAAACUUUCAUGUGGGAACUAGAUGGCAAGCAGAGUGGAUGAAUACGAUGGCAAAAACGGCUAAAAACAAGUGAACCAGGCCAGUGGACAUCAAGAAUACGUCACAGACGGGAUUUCAUUGUUUGUCAUCUGUGUAAGAAUAAAAGACUGAAAUACAAUUUAAAAACUGGACAAACAUCCAUAUUAAGACCCCUUGCAUCUGUCAAGGACCUAUUAUUCAAGGACAUGGUUAAAAACUUGAAAACAAUCAAUAUAUGUGGAAAAAACUCUAGAAAAGCAGCAAAUUCCUACAUUUUGAAGAACUGAACUUUAAUUUUCACGCAACAUGUGACUGGACUUUUUGGUUCCAAAACUGAUCAACAUAAAUACACGUUCUGCAAAAUAAUCAAAUCAGAACGAAACUCGUCCAUUGUUGAUUAUUUCAUGGAUUAAUCAAUUAGUUGUUUGGUCUCUAAAGUAGUCAGUCAGGGUUUCCAAAGACGAAGAUAUCCUUAAAUGUCUUGUUUGGUCCACAACCCAAAGAUAUUCAGUUUACUGAUUAAAAUAUCUGAAAUAUCUGCAAAUUUAGACUGUUUUUAAUUUUAAAAACACCAAAAUACUAAAAGUUAACUCAGUAGUUGACAACUAAUCGACUAAUUGUUGCGUCUUGAACCACGGUUUGUGUUUUUAAACGAACUUUUCUGAGUUUUUCUGAGAAGAACCAACACCAACCAACAUGUGACUGAAUCCCAGGGUAACGUUUGGAGUGUUUGAAGCCAGACUGUGGUUAGAGUGAACAAAAAAGACACAAACUCUGGUUUUAAAGUCGUCGUGCUGCAACCAUCAGCUCGUCUUUAUUUUCUAUCAUCUGUAGGACCAACAUGGAGGCAGGGUUGACUGGUUGUCGUUUUUCCCAGCAGAUUAAAUCAGAUCAUUCUGAUGCUUUCUGGUUAAAAACGCUGGUGUUGUGUUUGAACUGAUAGACUGGACCAGCAGAUCAGUGGGUUCUGGACUCGUUGGCGGGUUUUAAAGACUCCAUGUGGAUGUUUUGUGUCCUGAACCAACCAAACAUCCACAACAAGGCCGACAGACGGACCUACGCUCCGAUUGGUCGGCUGAGGCGUCCCGUCAUACGGCGGAACCACGAACUGUCGAAGCGUUUAGUCUCACAGUCCAUCUACAGGAGACCCGUAUUUUAUUUAUGAAUAUGCUGCUUGGAGUUUCUUAAUCUUUAAUAAAGAAAUAUGGUUUACAAA